ACUACAUCCCUCCCCGACGCCCGCAGCAGCGACGAGACAGCCAACAUGGGCGAGCCAGAGCACCUCCACAUGACAUACAACGACAUACACAACCUCAUCCGUGCUGCUGCGGACAGGAUCGCCGAGUUCAAGCCAGACAUGCUCAUAGCCAUAGGUGGAAGAGGAUUCUUCCCAGCUCGUGUCAUGCGUACGUUCCUCAAGGACACGGCGACAAAGCGCAACAUUCCCAUCCACGCAAUCGGCCUCUCGUUAUAUGAAUCACUCCCGGGCACAACCGCCGAGCAGAUUGGCAACGAGGUCAUCAGGACCCAGUGGCUAGGCCCGGAAUCCGGGAGGAUCCUUCUCGGGCGAAGAGCUCUGAUUGUGGACGAAGUGGACGACUCCCGCAAGACCUUGCAAUACGCGAUCUCCGAGUUGCAAAAAGAUGUCGAGCGCGAACUAGCUGCGCUGCCCGAGUCCGAGCGCAAGGCACAGCGGACGCAGUUCGCCGUGUUCGUCGUGCACAACAAACUCAAACCAAAACUAGGCGAGCUUCCGCCGGACGUCCCCUACUACGCCGGCGACGAGGUCGAGGACGUAUGGCUGGAUUACCCGUGGGAAGCCGUCGAUAUCGACGAGCACGACCGCCUUGCGUUUGCAGAACGCCAGCAUUAACCAGGGCUACACGCCGACGAGGAAUUAGAGCAAGGGAUGCGAUGCUGGACACAAAUGUACGCUUAUGUUGUUGUAUCUGCGCGCGGACAUAUAUAUCGUCCCGCUGUGUACGUAACCGAGGGCGACGGCGACGGCGAUUUGUUUGUAUUCUUCCUCAUUGAUAGCAUCUAAAACACCGUGCAGCGAGUGCGUGCGCUAGUACCGUCUGGGAAUAUAAUUGAGUUCACCACGU